AUGAUAGAUGCAUCGAGUGACGUAGUUAUUAUAGGUAGCGAGCCUUUGACAGUAGGCCAUUUGAAUAAAAUCAAGGCAUUCGCAGCAAACGGCACGGUAGCUUAUCCAAUAUCGACCUUGAACGCACACCUCUUGACAGGAUGGAAAUGGAAUACUCUCGUCGGCUAUAAUGCUGCAGUAAAAAAGUUCAUUUUCUUUAAAAAUCUGUCGGGAGAUCACCGAUUUAAAUUACCGGCGACAGUUAAAGACAUAGAGGACUUCUGCUUUUGGGCAGGAAGGAACCUUUAUCUCAAUAAUUCGUAUAAAAUAUCUUCUGGUUCAAUUAAAAAAUAUUUGUGUGGUCUGAAAGCGUGGCACACAUUUCAUAGCGAAGUUUACCCAGACAUAUCAGAUAAAAGGAUCGAACUAUUACUCAAAGCGUCAGCUAAAGUCGACGCAAACUUACCUACGAAACCGAAGAAACCACCGAUCAUGUUAAAACAUCUGAUCUGGUUAUCGAACACGAUGUUCCCAGGCAGUGAUAUAGAUAGGACGAUCAUGGACCUCGCAAUUGUUGCUUUCUGGGGGAUGGCGCGUUUAGGUGAAUUAACUUACAAAAAAACGAUGGGCGGCCUUAAUAAUCAAGACUCGGUUCUAACGUCAGACGUCCGGAUAGUCCAAUCGGCUAUUGGAGAGAAAGUAAUACUUACUGUACGAAAUGCAAAGACGGCUCAGCCUGGAAAACCUCAAGAAAUCAUAUUACAUAGCUUAAAGAAUAUGCUAUGCCCGGUGUUAGCCAUAAAGCGACGAUUACGAGAAGCAAAUGGGGAAGACACGUCUUUAUUCGGUUUCAAUCGCGACGGGGAACGGAAACACAUUACCCGGUCGAUUGCGGUAAACCGGAUCAAACUGGUGCUCAGAACUGGUGGUUUCGAAGGCCUUUUCGGGCAUUCUUUCAGAGUUGGUGGUGCAUCUUUGCGUUACGCAUUGGGGACGCCAGUAGAUGAAAUCUGUCUCCUCGGGAGGUGGGUUUCUAAUUGUUAUAGACUUUACAUUAGAGCAUACAGCGAUGAGGAUACAGUAGAGAGCAAGAGAAUCUUAGAAGAGCUGAACGAGUUGUGGUGCGAGGAUUAA